AUGAAACUCUCCCUGUUAGUGACGACCCUCAUUUCAUCGGCUCUGGCGGCAGUCCCGGCCAACUCAGAGGCAGUGCAGUUUGACCAGCUACUAGUGAACGAUUUGCAAGCAAACCGACCUGGAAACGAGCACUCGGCCAAGUAUGAGCAUUCUCCGCCUUCUCUCGCUCCUCUGUUCGAAAACGACCGAGAUCACGUGCCCAAUGCCUACAUUAUUACUCUGAAAGACGUGAACGAGGAGGAGUUUGAAAAUCAUCUAAACUGGCUGAAGAAAAUGCUUGGAAGCUGCGAUAUGGAGCUCGCCGGAGUCACACAAACAUUCAGCAUCAACUCGUUCAAAGCAUACGCCGGAGUGUUUUCGCAGACCGUGGUUGAUCUCAUCAGAGCAAGUCCACUAGUGUCUAUCGUAGAGAGGGACUCGAUUGUGCAUGCGUACGAGUACAAGGAAGAACUGGACGCUCCCUGGGGACUAGCUAGAGUGUCCCACAGAGACCGGCUCAAUCUGGGUACCUUCAACAAGUACGUUUAUGACGAUACCGCCGGCAAGGGAGUCACUGCCUACGUUAUUGACACUGGGGUGUUUGUCAGGCACCAGGACUUUGAUGGUCGGGCCAAAUGGGGAACCACUGUUCCCUCCGGAGACGUUGACGAAGACGCAAACGGUCACGGAACCCAUUGUGCAGGCACAAUUGGAGGAACCAAGUAUGGCAUUGCCAAGCAGGCCGAGAUUGUGGCUGUCAAGGUGCUUCGUUCGGACGGGUCUGGAACCAUGUCUGACGUGAUUGGGGGAGUUGUCUACGCUGCUAGAGAGCACGAGGAGAAGACCAAGAAGCCGCCCAAGGGAUGGAAGGGGUCCACUGCCAACAUGUCUCUUGGAGGCGGUUUCUCUCCUUCUCUCAAUCUCGCUGUCGACAGUGCAGUCAAGGCAGGUAUCAACUUUGCAGUAGCUGCUGGAAACGACAACUCUGAUGCCUGCGAGUACUCUCCUGCCAGCUCAGAGAACGCCAUUACCGUUGGAGCUUCGACUCUGUCAGACUCCAGAGCCUACUUUUCCAACAAGGGUAAGUGCGUGGACGUCUUUGGACCCGGUCUCAACAUUCUGUCGACCUACAUUGGGUCCAAGAACGCCGUCGCCACGCUCUCCGGCACCUCCAUGGCCUCUCCUCACAUUGCUGGCCUGUUGACCUACUUUCUGUCUCUCCAGCCCGAUUCCGACUCAGCCUUCGCCACCUCUGUCACACCCGCUCAGCUCAAGAAGAACCUCCUCGCGUUUUCGACCGAAGGAAUCCUCACUGACGUCGGACAAGAAACACCCAAUCUCCUGGCCUACAGCGGUGGAGGCAAGUCGCUCAAGAAGUUCUGGGGACACAAGGGGAGUCUUUUGGUGCUUCUGAGAAAGGCACUGGUUGGAUUUUAA